UGGGCACUGAUGUGGCUCAACAAGGGAUCAGCCAGCCCUGUACAUAACUGAUCAGCAGCGAUCGUCGCACGCUACACCGGAAAUAAACCACUCGCGCUCGCUCCCAAGGACCGCCCUAGGGACGUCAUAGGCUCCCGCCUCCCUUACGUACAGUCGUGGCAAUAAACCACUUGUAGUCAGGCCACAACAGUGAAGGGGAGAUAUGGCGGCGGGCACUGAAGCGGAGCUUCAAGUUAGCAAACUGACAGAUCAUUUUUCACACUCCGUCUACACAACCAGCCUAGAUAGCGAGUCUUUCUCAACAGAUGCGGAGGGCCUACACGACUAUGUAGUGAAAUUCCUUGAGAAAAAGGUAGGCAGUGACCUGAAAUCCUUGAAGAAUGUUGGCGAACUCCUGGAAAAACUGAGAGAGGAAAACAACGUACUGGAAAGACAGGUUCUGAAUGUAUCCAGUUCUGUGCCUCCUAAAGUUUCUGCAGCUCUGUCUACUGCAGCAGAUGCUAGAUGUUCCAUGGAGGAUUUGCUGCAGAGAGAGCGAUUUAUCUCCAACAUGUUGAACCAGGGGGCCCAGCCUUGGAUGGAUAAUCUUGGCCAGAUGCUUAACGAAGUCGACACUAUAGGAAGACAUAUGAAAUACCUACGGUGCCUUCAGCGUAUAGAGGAACUGAGUGCUGCAGUCCAGCAGUGUCUGAUGACCAGUAGUGUAUGGGAGGCCAUAAGGACAGUAGACACCAUGGCUGUACUGGACACUGGAUUAAACCAGUCUGGGUGUUUUCACCUUCAGGAUUUCCUCCAAGAAACACUUCACUUCUGGCACAAGAUCAUCAAAGACCGUCUGGCCAGCGAUUUUGAGAAAGUAUUGACUCAACUUCAAUGGCCAAUCGUCUCCCCUCCUACUCAGUCACUAACACCUACAGCCAAUCAUCAGGAGAUCAACAGCCAGCUGGAGCUGCUUGUCACACAGCUGCUUGCCUUGCAGACCUCUGAUGACCACUUAUCACAGAGGGCUUUGGCCUCUUGUGUUACCUCUACCCAGCCUGUUUCCUCAGCCGCACCUCAGCACAAAGUUCCUCCUCUCUGUCUUCCCAUCCAGAUCAUGCUGCUGCCACUCAGCAGAAGGUUCAGAUACCACUUCUAUGGGAAUCGACAAACCAACUCUCUCGGCAAGCCGGAGUGGUACCUAACUCAGGUUCUCAUGUGGAUGAGUAACAGCUCAACCUUCAUGGAAGAAAAGAUCCAACCUAUCUUGGAACGAGCUGGGACAACCAUCAGUGCGAGGGUGGAGCUGUGCAGAGGCCUGUUGUCUCUAGUCCAGGAGAAGGUGGCCAGUGAUGCCUCAAGGCUUCUGUAUGAUGAUAUGCUCUUCUGUCACUUGGUGGAGGAGGUACUGCAAUUUGAGAAGGAGCUGCGGAGCAACCUGUCAUACCCAGCAGUGUUGCCUGGUCUCCUUCACCUUCUGCUUGAGGACGCAAUCCUUCAGAAGUGGCUCACUGUGGAAAAGAAGAUGGCAGUGGAGAAGAUGGAUUCCAUGCUUUCGGCUGAAGGAGCUUGGAGCUCUCAGUACAAAGAUAUCAGUGAUAUGGAUGAGCUUAAGGCUCCAGAUUGUGCUGAGACUUUUAUGACUCUGCUACAGGUCAUCACUGAGCGGUACCGAGCAUUACCCUGUCCUUCUGCACAGCUGAAGUUUUUGGGGCUACAGAGAGAACUGGUUGAUGACUUCCGCAUCCGACUCACCCAGGUGAUGAAGGAGGAGUCACGCUGCCCAUUAGGUGCUCGUUAUUGCGCCAUCCUUAAUGCUGUCAACUACAUAUACACCAUUCUGGGAGACUGGGGAGACAAUGUGUUUUUCCUACAGCUGCAGCAGUCAGCUGUUUCACUUGGUGAAGAAAUGGUACUUGGAGGCCUGGGGGUUAUGGAUGUGGGUCGCCUGGCUUCUCUAGAGGGCUCUUUAUUUGAGGGUCUAUUGGCGUUGCUAGAUCGACUUAAAGGGGACAUGAUGGGCAGACUGCUGGAAUGGACCAUGAGAGAAAUCUCAGAGAAAGCCAAACCAUACUGCCAAGACAGGUGGUUGUCCUUACCAUCCCAGUAUGACCAGUCCACUAUGUCCCUGUCCAGUUCAGCAUGUCCCAUGAUGCUAUGUGUGAGGGACAGAUUGUUGAACCUUUGUCAGGUCCUGAGUCUUUCUCUAUUCCAACUGGCCUGGCAAGGUCUGGCUGAGAGACUUGACAACUUUCUGUAUCAGGAUGUGAUCCUGUCUAAUCAUUUCAGUGACGGUGGGGCAGCACAGCUUCAGUUCGACAUGACCAGAAACUUGUUUCCUCUGUUCGGUCAUUACUGCAAAAGACCUGAGAACUUCUUUAAACAUGUUAAGGAGGCGUGUAUCAUCUUGUCCCUUAACGUGGGCUCAGCGAUUCUGCUCAGGAAUCUCCUUAAAGAGUCCGAGGAGGAGAUGAGAUAUUGGGCAGGUGCUAGAGAUCCUCCACCACAGUCUGCAUUGCAUGAGUUGGGGGUGUACUGCUUGGCAUCCUGUGAUGUGUUGAUUCUCCUCAACCUUAGAGCCUGCAUGCCUGGACAGUAACAAAUAUCCUUGAAAUAUAUGAAGGUGGGCCUUUUGCACCACUUGCUUGGAAGAUUUCUCUAAAUACAUUUUUGUCGUAGUCUUCUUUGUUAACAAGACCAUCUGUAAUAGUGUUUAGUGAAUUGAUAUUUUUCUUGUCAUUGAGUGAACUAUUUUUUGUUGACCUACCACAAGUAUACCACAAUAAAGUAUGAAUAACAAUUGUC